GGUUAGGCUCCAGUUAAACAUUUUCUCCGCGUGCUCGCGACAGAGCUAGUUCGUCGCAGGUAGCGUUGACCCUCUCUCGUAAGAUGCCUUGGUAUCUCCAGUCCUUCUGAGGAUUAGACGGAUGAGGAUGCCACCACCUAAAGAGCGCCCAUCGACCAUGGCCAGCCACUACGUUAUAUCAGAGCAGCCGCCCGAAUUCCCUUACAAUGGUUACGGUACAGAAAAAUCGGUGGACCAUUUCAGUGCGAGAGCUUCCCGCAACAAUACCAAAGGCCAGGGAGAGCUGCCCACCACCACAGACAAGUGCUGGGGAGUGCCACUGUCGUUGUCGGGUGCCGCAUUCCUGGUGGGCAUGCCUUGGGCGUGGUUUGGGCUCCUGCUCGUGUUUUUCGUGGAGAAGUUCGGCAUAACCAGGGAAGAGGCGUCCUGGCCGAAAAGCGUCGCCACAACAAUCACGAACAUCUCAGGGCUGGGCGUCUAUGGACUUCAGCGAUACCUCAACACAUACCACGUGGUGCUUCUUAGCACCAUACUAACAUCGGUGGCCUUUGUCUGCGCAGCCUUUGCCCCAAAUAUGACAUGGAUGACCGUUACCGUCGGAGCGAUGCACGGUUUCGGACACGGAACAUUCCUGACGGCAUCCGCCAUAUACACCCUCCAGCAUUUCGACAAAUACCGCUCUGUCGCGACGUCUUUUAUCUUUAUCUCAUACGGCCUGUCGGCCAUUGUGAGCCAGUUCGUGCUCUCGGGGCUGGUGGACGCGUACGCCCUUCAAGGAGCACUUCUCGUCUUCGGAGCAAUGGUUUUAAACUCAACGGCGUUAGUCAUGCUGGCCAAAACCCCUACUCCUAUGCGACUGGGUUGGACACGAAGUACGGUGCACCUUCCGCAGAAUGGCGUCCACAAACCCGGGCAUUAUGGUUCUACCAGUAAUGACAACUCCACCUGCCAAAUCAGAAAUCAACAAAAGCAAAGACCACAACCGACGACAAAAUUGAGGCUUGAAGAGAGCGCCUCACUGAAAGACGUGAUGACGAUCUUCACUAUGCCUUCCUUCUACGUUCUCCUCGGAGCGAUACUUGUCGGGGACUUCACGACCGUCGAAGUCUUCGGAACGAUCGUGGAUUACAGUCUAGACAAAGGCAUAGCAGUUCAGACUGCCAAGCACAUGAUAACGCUGUCCGCAAUAGGUCAGGUUGCGGGCCGCACCGUGGCACCUUUGGUAGCGGACUGCAUGCCCUGGACCCGUCGUCCUUUGUACUCGAUCAGCUUCGCGGUAGUUUCCGUGGGCCUCAUCGCAAUGCCUCACGUGUCCAGCUUUGCGCCCUUGGUAUCGCUCUCAUCGCUGGUAGGAGUGUCUCAAGGUUACAUUUUGUGCAUCAGGUACGUGCUCACCGCGGAAUUCGUGGGUGUCCAACGGACGGCGGCUUGCAGCGGCAUCAUAGGCAUCGUCAUGGUGCCUGCGUACCUGGUCAGCCCGAAGUUAGUAGGUAUCUUUCGUGACGCAAGUGGUUCCUAUGACAACUAUUACCGGAUGCUAGGCGCCCUCAGCUUAGCAGCCGCUGUUCUCUUCGCAACGUACGAUGCCUGCAGCCGGGUUCCGACCGAGCGUACAAAACCGGCCAAGGACGAAGGUGACCUGCGGUAUAAUCGAUAAACUUAAAUAUUGAUUUCUUCAUUUGACGCCGUCGUCAAUUUCUCAAUGAUUGGGAGACGGGCGCGAGGGAAGUGGUCGAGCCCUUAUUAACAUAUGCGUCGACUGCAAUGUACCCUCGAGAAAAUAUGACGAGGGAAUUGAAGCUCCAAUGUGCUCCAAGCUCCAAGAUGGUGCCGGGCAGAUCACACGCGUCCAAGCGGGGCGCGAGCACGUUUAUGUGUGCCAGACAGACAUCCGUUUCUGGCUGCCUCACAUUUCGACGCGUUUGGCUACGCAGCUACGGCGUGGUACAACCAACACAGAGUGAGGCAGAUUUAUUUCAUGCCAAAAUGUGCUCUUCUUUACUUUUUCUGCUGAUCUAACGGGUACAAAUACUAAACGUUCACCUAUCUGAAUAUUUCAGCAUUUUGAAGCACUGUCUAUAACAUAUUGCGCGAGGAUGUCUAAGGGACCCUUUAACAAAUUUGUUGGGUUCCAAAAGUGUGCACUUUGCAAAUGUAUACGUUAUUUAUGUCAAAUAAACUUUAAAAAAAAAAAGAACGUCCAUCAGUGACCGAAGUGGCCGCUUGCUUGCGCGCGUCUCGUAGAUGCAAACCGUCAGUCAUCACAAGGUGCGGCGCGCUCAAGGCGCACCGGCGCGAGCUUUCGUGCAUCGGCAAGCGUACAUGUAGUUUGGCCUUUGUGCGCUGCUUUGUGUGCACGACCAACGCCUCCUAGAUAGCAGUCCUAGGCACUCCACUUGACGACGUCACGCUAUUUGAACCGAAAUUUCCACUGCGAAGCCCGACGUGACGAAAGCGGUGACGACAAAAUAACCGCCAAUUACUCGGGAUCACCCAACGACCCCUAUAUACUUCACAAGGCCUGCGCCCAUUAUUCUGACGUCACAACCCGCCUGCCGACACUCCAGCGGCUGCGAAAUCAGCUUGAUUUCAACUCGGUCACUUCGCUUGGCUGUUCGUCGCUGCCGCUGAAAACGUGGUGUCUUCCUUGUGUGUUGUGCUGCGCUUGUGCUGCGUCUGCAGUCACUACCGUGGAUAUUUGUAAGAAUCGUCAUGUCUGACGGCACGUACGAUGCCGAACACGCGUUGUGUGCUGGUAUGUACGGCAAUUUUGAUACUGAGAAGAAGGUGCAAGUCUCUUCUUUCCCCAAAGCUGAGGACAUGCGAACGAAGUAGGUGCAUGCCAUUCCCCGAAAGGAUUUCACAUCAACUGCAUAUACUAAGGCAAAACUUUUAUACCCGUCGUAUUCAUGGUGCUAUUUUUACUCAGCACGCAUUUUUGUUUCUAGGUGAAUUUAAUUCAUGUUCGUGCGGUUAGCAAAUGAUACAAAGCCUUGUGAACUUAUCGCAUUUCUGACAUCGCAAUUUUUAGUAGCGCUGUUUUUCUGUAUGAAAGCAUAAUCUUCUUCUUCAACGAAGUAUUUUAUCUGUGCAGGUAUCGCGUAGCAAUUAGACUUUGUAGAUUUUAUGUAGUUAUCUGUGUAAUUAUCAGUGUAGCAGUUAGUCAGUUUGCUAACAAACAGUGCGGCUAACAUAUUUUUGAGCCUCUUUUGUAAGUAAUGACCUCGGACGUCCUUCAAAUAAAAAGAGCACAAAAAAAGGGAAGCUUGUCUCUUUAUUGAGAAAUUAAUAUUGGCAAUUCACUGUCUUGCAACGCUAACUUGCAUAUGUCAUGCGUUUUGGUUGUUGAAAAAGAAUGGUUGUGAAUUGGUGCUCAUUUCCGACUUGUUUGCGUGCGUUAUCUGUAUUGUGUGCUCCUACCGGCAACUAAAAGCUGUGCUUAUUGUGUGCGUUCGAGUGCACUCGUAUUUUAACUGUAUAUAGAAUGUUUUUCUUCACUGCUCUCGGAAUUGAUGGACUUUAUGUGAACACUGCUAUACGUGGGUAUAGCGGUUUGGUAAGGCGUGGGCACUCAGAGCGCGGUAAUACCGACAUGGUCUCCAGUCGCCAGGAUCUUUCCUUGGCACGAUGUGGAAUGGUGAUGCCCAGUUGCUUAAGGAACGUCGCACGAUGCCUAGUUCAAACAUGUUCUCAAACUCGCGGCGAGCGAGGGAGAGGCGGUCUCAAGGUAGUCCGCGAGGUCGAGUAAACGCGGUAGGUCCAGUAGUCACGACGUGAUGAGUGAUCGAGUGCUUCACCGGUAACUCUCUGGUAUGCGACUUCGUAAGGUUGGCAAAAGCAGUGAUGAUUCUUGCGUACGGCGAAGCGGGUGCGAGAUCUCGAAGUCCCGUCGGCGAGGCGGUGCAGAGUGCACCGUUGAUCGAGAGGCUGGUGCUGAGAUCGAUGACGCUAUGAGCAUGCAUGUCUGCCACAGGGUUGAAGAAACUGAGGAAGUCAGCGCGGAAAUAACCUCGCGAGACAUAAGCAAGGAUUAAAAUCCAGGUAAACGUACGACGCCGUCCAAGGUUAAGUGUAAGAUAUAGUUGGUCGUAUGUGUGUAUGGUGGAGUUGUUUAUCGCUUGGAGCGGGCAAGUGUGUACAUUGUUACGGCGAUCUGCACAAGAGGCCUGCAUGACGCUAACCUGCGCUAUUGUGUCGACAAGGAGUCAAGCACCACUGAUCUUGUCAGAAACGUAGAACAGGCGGCAUGUUCUUCAACCAAUACCCAUUGCCGCCGUCAGUGGCCAGCGCACGCCGUCAGCCUGCGCCGUGAGCGCACGCGCGAAGUUGUUUCGAGCAAGCGAGCGAGCAGGUGUGCGCCAGGAGCGCAAAUGGAGGGAGUGACGUAACAUCCGCUCUGCUAGGCUCAUGCUCUGUCAGGCAUGGUAGAGUGUAUAAGCGCGACUG